UUUCGCUAUCAACAUCAACCGUUAGCACUGUGGCACCGGAAGCUAUCAGUGCCGAUAAAAGUGGUAAGCGCCACCACCUAAUAGACCACACGUGGCCAUUGUGGGAAGUUAAUGCUAAUGGCAUCCCGCCGGGUAUUGUGAAGAUGGCAAAGUGUUUGAUAAUUCAGUUGUUUACAUGAGCCACGUGCGGCUCUGAUUUACUGUGAACUGCUUUACAGAAAGGCACGUGCAAUCAUGUGAAAGUCGUACGAAUACCAUCAGUAAUAAUUACCACCAUCUAGUCAUCGAUUGUGAUAAAUUUAAUAAUUAAGAAAAUAGCAUCCUAGUGUAGCGCAAUAUCCCUUACAUUCGCCAAAAAUGUUCUCCAUGGAUACGUUCGAUUUCGAGGCCGUCAUGAGCCGGCAUCUCUUUGAUGGUCCAGCCAUGCAGCAUCCACAGCAUCAUCAUCAUCAUCAUCAUCAUGGUUUACUGCAGACUGCCUGCGUAGAUUCAACUACUUCAAAUAGUUCGGACUAUUUCUUUGGAGAUGACGAAAACACUACGGACAGCGAUUCGUUUUGUGGAUUCAACAGCGACCAGGAAAAUAACGAUGGCUUGAAAGAAAUUUACUCCACACGCUCUUCGAAGUACCGUCGACCAAAGUGCGCCUCACAACAGGCGCAGCAACGGCAGGCUGCCAACCUCCGCGAGCGCCGCCGGAUGCAAAGCAUCAACGAAGCAUUCGAGGGCCUGCGAACGCACAUUCCAACCCUUCCGUACGAGAAACGGCUGAGUAAGGUGGACACCCUGAAGCUUGCCAUCAGCUACAUAUCCUUCCUGGGGGACAUGCUUCGGAAGGAUAAAAACGGCAAUGAACCGGGAACGAUAAAGCGUGCACCCGUGAAGGAACCUCCGAAAAAGUUCAUCGUUCGUGGUGGCAGCGGCCAGGUUCACUCCCUCUCGUGGCACCGGAAAGGUGAUCGCAACGCUAAUGGUCGCUAUUUCGCACGGAUCUGGCGACCGGAGGAUCCUCGAAGCAAUCAACGGAACAUCGCAGCUGGCCCCUCGUCAUACUCCAAUGGGUUGGUUUAGGGUACCGAAUUGAAUGCCGGAUUGUGUUAUACUGCAGUGCAAAUUAUUCCCCAUUCGAAUUUCGAACGGAUGAUUAAGGAUGAAAAUCAAUGAAUGUGAAAAACAGUUCUAGUCGUUCCUUUGGAUCUCAUUUC